ACUGGGCUGAGUAGAGCUGAGCUGAGCAGUAGAGAGUGGCAGUGGUGUAUCUCUGCUCUCCUCUCCUGUCCUCCUCCUCUCCUGUCGACUCCAUCGCGUCGGGGCAGCCUCAUUCUCUCCUCCAGGAUGUCGGGCCCUCUAACCAGCACCAGCGCCGCGCUCCUUCUCCUCCUCUCCCUGGUGCUGCUCCACUCGCCCGCUCUCCGAGCCAAGCCCCUUUCAGCAGGACGUGGCCGCAUGCGCAGCAUGGAAGGCGGAAUGGCCCGCGUCCGACGAGACCUCCGCGAUGCGCUCCCCUACGAGGCCCAGAUGUACAACAGCCAACCAGACGCGUUGAGGGCCAAGGGCCUGAGCCAGGCCCUCCAGCAGUUGGUGGAGAAUGACCAGAGGCGGGACCAGGAGGCGGCCUACCUGGCUAAUGUCAUGCGGCUCCUGAGCCAGAUCGACGCCAACGCCCAGGAGGAGAGAUCGGAUGAUGACCGGGGGGACUUUCAGGGUCCCUACCCGGCCGACUACGAUGAGACGGAGCCCGGGGUGAGCAUGGCCAAGCCCCAGACUGCUGCUGCCUGGCAGGAGACGGCCCUGAGUCCCCAGCUGGCCCAGGCCCUGCUCAAGCGCUACCGACAGGAGAAGCUGCUGCAGGAGCUGGCCAACAGGAUCCCGGACCAGAGGGAGUCCAGUAGGGAUCAGGAGGUGCUGCGGUACCUAGUGGAGAAGAUCCUGUCCAGCCUGACUCCUGUCAAAACCCCCAGCACAUCAGGCAGCCGCCGGGCCAAGCGUGACGUGGACACCGCGGCCGCAGCAGCAGCAGCAGCAGUAUCAUCAGCAGUUACAGCGGCCAGGAGUGGUGGUCCAACGCUCAGACGCACCCGGCGUUCCCUGGACGCCGCCCCUCCUCCCCUACAGGACUCCGAGCCGGUCUCUCUGAUCCGGGUGAAGAGGCUCGGGGACGAGGAUGAUGAUCAGGAGAUGGAGAUGGGACACAGGGUGAUGACCCCCCAGCAACCCGUCGGCCUGCAGAGGAUGAAGCGCAUCGACGAUGAGCCACAGCCUCAACCGGCCAAACACAGCCGCAGACGUCGCUCGCUGACCUACGAUCCCAACCUGCUUGCACAACACAUCCUGCAGUAUCUACCCCAGUAAACAGACAGACAGGCAGGUAGCAGGCGUCAUUGAAACAGUGUUAAAUCAACGUUAUUUUGAUGAGUCCAAUGGAAAAUCACCGCUGUUUCAAUGUUGUCAUGCCAUCUGGACAAAGAGAGAGACAGACAGAAAUGCAGACAGACAGAUCCCAGUGAUGGAAGAGGGAGAAAUCAUGCAGAACAUGUUUUGCCGGCCUUAAUGUUCAUCCAUUUUACGCAGCAUCUAUCCACAGCAGCAGCUCUUAAAGGUUUUCCCUGCACAGUAAACUGUGACAUGUCAUAUUCCCUGCAGAGGCAUUUAAAACAGCACACCGUAUAAUAAAUGUAUUUAUGAUGCUUUGUUUGUUCUGAGGCAAAUGUCCAUGAUAGAAGAGGGACGUAGAAACACUUGAACGUCUUUCCCCCAAGCUUCAACUUGUUUUGUCAACAGCCAUGCUGUGUACUGGCUGGUUGACUGGUUGGUUGGUGUGGAAUGACUUCAAUAUAACUGGCUGUUGUGUCCGGCCACACUUAAAAUUGUUUUGCGUCUUGGCUUUUCUGGUGAAUCAAUGUGCGACGGCCCUGCCAAUUCUCUUGGGAAGGCAUCUAAGGCAUCACUAUGAUGUCUUUCGUAUUCCCCAUCAGAAAAUAUAUAUUUGAUUAUAACAUAUGUAUAUCAGUUCUCACAAUAAAAUCUUAGAAAAC